AUGCCCUCAUAUGCUAAAUUCCUAAAAGAAAUCCUAUCGAAUAAGAAAAAAAUAGAAGACAAUGAGACCGUAACACUCACUGCCGAAUGCAGUGCGAUAAUUCAAAAUAAAGUGCCACCUAAGCUGAAAGACCCAGGGAGUUUCUCCAUACCUUGCAAUAUAGGAAAAUUUGUCAUAAACAAAGCUUUGUGCGACUUAGGAGCUAGUAUUAGCCUAAUGCCUUUGUCCAUUUGCGAGAAACUUAACAUGGGAGACCUGAGACCAACCAAAAUGUCAGUACAACUUGCAGACUGUUCUGUUAAGUAUCCUGUAGGUGUUCUUGAAAAUGUACCCAUCCGCAUCGGACAAUUCUACAUCCCUACGGAUUUCAUAAUUAUGGACAUAAAGGAAGACGUCAAUACCCCUAUAAUCUUAGGAAGACCAUUUCUAGCUACCGCUAGAGCUAUUAUAGAGGUAAAGAAAGGCAAGUUGACAUUCGAAGUAGGUGAGGAGAAGGUCGAAUUUAUUCUAACACAAUUCCUUCAAGCCCCAGCUAUAGAAGAUACAUGCUAUCUGGUGGACGUUAUUGAUGGAUGUGUAAGAGAGAUAGGAUUAUCAGAAGAAUCUUACUUGAAGUUAUAA